AUGAGAGACCACCCAGAAGCAAGAAGUGCCGAGUAUGACGUACUCGUCAACUCAAAAACCUAUUUUCUCUACAAUGCAACCCUAGAAGACCCAUUCUCGACCGAGUUCUUCGUUUGGAUCGAUGCGGGCUACGGACAUGGUAACCAGAGUGUCUUCCCCUACAACAAUAAAUGGAAGCCGGUAUUCCCACGCAAUAAGAUCUCCCUGAUCAAGGUUAGUAUAAGUACAGUGGUUGGCAACACAAUUCAGUGA